UCUAGACCUGGUGGUUUUAAGUUUUAAACCCCCUACCAGAAGGUUUUGAGUUUAAAACUUCCUUUCAGGAGGUUUUGAGUUUAAAACCCCUACCAGGGGUUUUUGCAGUUAAAUUCCCCUCUUCUAUAAAAUAAAACAAAAAAAAUGCAAACGACAAUCUCAAAUUUCAAGACCACAAAAUGAAGUACUUCCUAGUAAAAGCCAAGCAGAGACAGACUGUUAGCGGGGUUUGAGCUAGAGACUGUCGUAAACACAUCUCGAAGGGAAAGCGAAAUGAACAAGUAGUUGAAGCCAAUAAUAUGUUUCCAGCUCUGAAUGUGUCUCCGAGCAACAUAACGUUAGGUCUGACUGAAACAAUGCGUUUGGAAUGUUCCAUUAAAGUUGUCAACAAGAGUCUGAUAGCAAUCGUUGUCUCACAUUCCAGGGACACUGUUCAACCAACUUUCACAUAUAUAUCGUCUGUAAGCAGCUUUCAAGGAGUUAACAAUUAUAUCAGUGAUACCAGUAUGUACGUUACCGGCGCAAUUAACAGCACUGGGCUGUCCUACCUGAACAUAACAUGGAGUUACCCCCAAGAAGAGUCUGCAGGUUUGUAUAAAUGUGAAGUCAAUGAGAUCGAUGAAAUAGGGAAACCUUUAAGAGUGUCCAGCACGGCCACUGUAUCGGUAGCUUUGCCAAGCAUUGGGUCAGUCAUCAGUGAAAUCAAUCAUUUAAGGAAAGAACUCAAUGAAUUAAAAUUCGAGUUUUCGUCUUUGAAAAACGUUGUAUCUCUAGAAAUUUCAAGCCUAAAAAAUCUUUUUAACAAUGUCGACAACAAAACUGAAACCUUGCAACAAAAAAAUGAAAAUGAAUCAGCACAUUGGACGGCUGUUGACAAUCAAAAUAAAAUCAGAUUUGCUAGCAUAGAAAAUAAAACAAACUCUGUCGUUCACAUGCAAGAAAACUUUGUCAGAACGAUAGCUUCAUCAAGAGAUGAGUUAUUUAUUUCGUCGAAUAAUUUUAAAGGGAAAAAGUAUUUACUGACCAAGGAAGCUGCAUUUUUCUACCCAAGUCUCGCUCAAGCGGUUUGUACUCUGUUCGGAGGCUAUCUGGCCGAGAUGGACACCAGUGAGGAGUUUAAUUUUGUGAGAACUUUUGUAAGGUCACAUGGAUCUCAGUUCAUGCAAGUAAUGGCUGGGGGAUCAGAUGAAGGUCACGAAGGUCAUUGGACUUACAGGCACAGUAAAAGUGCUGUAGUUUCAUUUUGGGGUCCAGGAGAACCAGACAAUUACAAUGGUGAGAAUUGUCAGAACUUUUAUCGAAACUUAGAUUAUAGAAUGGCUGAUGGUCAGUGUAUCGCUUUAUCUUCAACUUCAGUAGGUUUUCUUUGUGAAGUGCCUGCAUAGACUAUACAGUCAGAAAAGAGAACAUUAAAAAUAGUAAAUAUGUCUUACAAUAUUAUAUAAUCUAUCACCUUUAUCUAUCUAUCCAUCCAUCUAUCCAUUUAUUUGUCGGUUUACCUAUCAUCUGUCGAUCUAUCUAUCUAUCUAUCUAUCUAUCUAUCUAACUUUCUAUUUAUCUAUUUAGCAUUAUAAUACAGCUUAUAGUGAGCAUAAUAACAGAAGCCAUGUCCUAUGAUGAAAAACAAAUGAAAUAAAAAACACAUUUGUUUCUUCAGUGAGUACGUGCCAGUCACGCCUUCAUUUUUGUUUCGUUGUAUUAUUAGCCUAUAGUUUUAUAAAGUCUGAAGGUGCCUCUGUCACGUUUAGAUAUUUUAAAAAGUAGAAGAGCUUUAAAAAAUAAUUUCAUCACUUUUUGAGGCUUACAAUUGUAAUAUUUGUGUUUUUAAGUGAAGAAUAAGAGUCCUUGUAAUCAAAAAUUUCCAGUUAACAAGUCUUAGUCUUUACAAAUUCGUUGUACACUUUUGUCGGACAUUUUCCGGGUUUUAAGAAGUGACUGUGAUCACUAAAAUUGUUCCAUGUUGAGGCUUUACAAAUGAAUUGUCACCCACUUCCAAACACCUAGUGACCAUCUCUUCCAACAUAAAAAAAUGCCUUUAAAUGCAGAAAUACUUUAAUUCGUUAUUAAAAUUGUGUACAAAAGUAUUUCUUACAUCCAUGUACAUUAGUAAGUGAUAAAUUAAUAAAACCUCUUGGUAAACUAGAAUAUUUAGAACUAUUCCAAUUUCUGACUUUCACUGUUUGCUGUAGUGCUGUUUUACAAUUUAUAUCAUUUAUAUGUCUGCAAUUUUUUAUGAUUUUUUACAAAUUAGUUAUCUACUUCAUGCAUUAUAUUUUUAAUACUUGUGUAUGCAUAGUCUAGAUAUUAAUUAAUCAUAUUUUUUUUCUAUAUAAAGGUUGUUUUAAAAAUGUGAAACUGUUAUUACAUUUGUUUUUCUACUUGAAAUGUUGAUUCCUACCUAAACCUGUAGAGCUCCCGUUAUGUUAACCCACUGUGCACUCAGUUCGUUUUAUCCAUCACUUUAAAGUUUAAACCCUGCAGCGCCACUGCUAUCUGGACAUGUGCUGGUGGUGUUAGUAUAUUUACAGGAGUUCAUACCAAAAUUAUUUCUACUGGCCCAUUUCCCAACUAAGAAAUGUCUGGAGCAGUGGUGGGGUUGGCUGACUAUAAAACAAUAAAGUUAAAGUUUCCCCUUUCAGACCUUGGGAUAUAUGGGGCUGAGGAUAUAAAAGUCAUCUGUUUCUAUGGCCAACGGUUAACGAGCAGGGUGUCAUGUGGCCAGCACACCGACAAACCGCCAUUAUUUUCCCAAACUAAACUAAAGUCAGAUAACCAUAAGAGAUGGGUGGACUCCACAAAGAUCGGUCACUGGCGAUCACUGUAGCCUCUUCCCAACUGGUGUUCACUGCUCUGAAGUCCUUCAUAAAAGUGUGGUGCCAAGUUAUACGAGGACGUGAUCAUAAAUGAUUUCUACAAUUGAAACUUAUAGCAUAAUUCGUUGGCUUAUUUCAAUGAUUUGGAAACUGAUUCGAAAGCUGUUUACACAUGUUUUAUUAUAAUUGCAUAAGAGCUGAAUAUAAUCAAAUAUUAUAACGCUA